CUGCGCCAUAUUGGUACACCUUUAACCCGCCCAUCAUGCUCCUCGCGAAGAGGCUAUACGAGUGUGCCAUGUUGGUACACCCGGGGAGAAGGGGCCAAACAAACAUCCUGCUGGGUACCAAGAUGGCGGCUCCCAUGUUGUUAAGGGCAAGGCUGAGAGCUCUGAGUGGGGUAUGGCAGCUGCAGGUGAGCGCCUUUUAUAUUUGUAAUACACUGUGAAUGUUAUUGGCCUGUCAUGGCUGCCUGUAUAUUGAAAUUAAACAAACAAACAAUAUAGACUCCUGUUCUAGACCUGCAGCAUGAGCCACCAGGCCAGCUAUACAAUCCAAGACCCAGGCACUCCCCUAUCCACCAAACAGAAACUUCAAUGCUGACAGAUUUUAUUAGUUUUUAUUUGUAAAAUCCCCCCACUAAUCCAGGCAAAAAUAAUGGGGGUUUAGUUACAUUAUAUGAUCAUACAUUGCAUAAGUCUGCCACAAUGUCAAUGUACCCCAUCUUUGGCAGGUCCUACUCUAACUGCCUAAUGUCUGCUCUUAUGAGAUUAACCCACUUACUUGGGGGGAAAUAUCCAUCUGGGGCUCUCUGCAGUACAAGGCUAAAUAGGGCUCUGGGAUGAGGCACUUGUACUCCUUGGUUUUGCACCGCUCCCGUCACAGGUGUCUCGUCCCAGGGCCGUGUUUAGCCUUGUACUGCAGAGAGCCGCAGAUCGAUUCCCCCCUCCCCCCAAUAAAAUCUGUCAACAUUGAAGUUGCUGUUUAGUGGAUAGGUAAUUGCGCUAGAUCUUGUGUAUUGUAUAAUGUGGCCCCUAGCAGCACCCCAAUUAUGCAUGUUUAGGUGAGUGCAGCCCCCUGGUUUCAUAUAUACAUCUAUACAAACUGUUUUGUGACAUAUUGAUGUGACAUGAAUGGCUGUCAGGCUCCCAGAUCUCCAGGUAGUUGGCAACACACUGUUCUGGGCAAAAGCCGACUACUUAAUAAAGAUGGCCAUUGUGUUCCUUUUCAGAAGACACUGUGUGGGGAAUAUAUUAACCAUUUUAAAAGCAUUAUGAACAUGGGUUAUUUACUAAACUCGACAUUUUAGCCGCAUUCAAUUUGAGGGGUUAAACUGGAGAAAUUUUUACAAAUCUGCUAGUGUGAAUUGUCAUUAAUUCUGACAGGGUUAUUCAAUAAACCCCUAAUUUUAGCCAUUAAAGUCAGAAUUGUAAAAUUAAGGCUAAAAUUUGUUGAAUAUCAAUUUAUUUUCCUUACAUUUUGCAGCCUUCUUGGUGAAUUUAAAAGUUUAGGUUAAAAUAGCCAAACAUGGCUUAUUUUGUCUAAAAUUUGACAUUCACUUUGAAUUCUUGGCACUUCUUAGUUUAGUAAAUAACUGUGUCAGAGUUCCUUACUAAAUUUCAAUUCAUAACAUUUUAAAAUCUACAUGGCAAAAAUAACUAAUUUGUAAAUAGUUUCCAACUCUGUUAUUUUCACAAUUUGGCUAUUUAAGAAUAUAUUUAGUAAUUCGGAUUAUCUUGCAGACCUAUCCAGCAUGGGUUUUAUGUGAUCUGCAAUUUUGGCUUCUGCUGUAGUUUAGUUCAUUCUAUAUAGUUGUCCCGUAAAUGCCCUUUGUGUCAUACUGUGCUAUACUGCUACUAGUUUGUCCCGAAUAUGAUUGGACAGCCCUAUAAUUCAGACUCCUGUUCCACUUUUGUCAUUCUCCUUGCACAGCCACCUAAUUAAUAGCCAGUAUGUUUUGUUUUGUCUUCUGUACAAAUGUUUCACUUUUUUUUCAUAUGAGAUAUAAUAGUAAUAUGUACUUUAGCCAGUGCUUGGAGUUUUAGUUCAUAUCAAUUUAAUUUAGCGACAGCUGACCUCUAAUUCACAGUAGGGACAGCACUGUUUAAAUUUCUAUACAGAAAUUCUAUUGAACUACCAAUAAUGUUAAUUAUUUAAAUUCUUUUCCAUCUGUCUACAUAAGCUAUACCAUUCCUUACAUACUAGCAUCAUUAUUUACUAAAGUGAAUAUCAAAUUUAAGUUCUAAACAGAAACAUUUUCUGUCAGCCAUGUUUUCAUUUCGCUACUCUGGUCAUAAGGUUUUACUCCAAUCCUUUUGUUUUUCAGGUUUAUUUUUUACUCUAUUGGGCACUAGUUAAUAUCCACCGAAUUACUGUCGAAAAUCCUGUAAAAUUAAAAAUAUAACUCUCCUGCAAUCCAACACCAGGCGAUGAUUUUCCAUGUCCUGUCCAACAUCUUGCCACAUCACUUCCUUUUGCUUCAUGGUCCAAUCAAAUGUUUGUCAUAGAAAAGCAUUUGAUUGGAUCAUUUCACCUGCCUCCGAGAGUGUGCCCUCUGAAUCGGCGAGGGAGGGAGAAUUUUUUUUUUUUUUAAUAAAGCAGAAACCCCCACCCAAACUAUCAACAAAAUGAAGGUAGGUGGGGAGGUCUGAAAUAAUGCAGGAAAGGGAGGAGAGAUUAACACUUCCCCCUUGCAAGCACAUCCUACAAGUGUAUACACUCCCUAUGACUGUCACAAGCAUGCAGUGAGGGCUGAUGACACAUAUCUUUUCCACAGACUUGACAUUUGGCAAUCCGGGAUUGCCAAAAUCACAUGUGCCGAAGGUGUAACUAGCCCCUGGGACAAAAGUGUAGAUUACUCUGCACACAAAGAUUCCUAUGACCAUGACCACUUCAGAUCACUGAAAUGGUCAUAGUGGUUGAAGUUACCAUUUAUAUUUGAAAUUCACCUUGAAUUCUCACUUUAGUCUGUUAGACUUGUUCUUGUAUGGCAACUCUUACCUUUUGUUUUGUUUUUUAAUGAAUAAUUAUAUAAAUGCUAUUAGUUGAUUCAAUUUACAACAGUGAUUUCUUUUUAACCCCUUAAAGGGACACCCCAGGCACCCAGACCACUUCUGCCCAUUGGAGUGGUCUGGUUGCCAACUCCCACUACUCUUAACCCUGCAACUGUAAUUAUUGCAGUUUUUUUAUUUUUUAUAAACUGCAAUAAUUACCUUGCAGGGUUAACUCCACCUCUAGUGGCUGUCCAGUAGACAGCCACUAGAGGGCACUUCCUGCAUCAUAGCACAGAAAACCUGUGCUAGAGCGUCGCUUAUCUUAGAAAAGUGCUGAAAUUGGUACUUUUAUAACUCCACUCCAUUACACCUGCUGGCUCUUAUGCCCACACAGAACAGGAAGGUUUCUGUCUCGGAUAACACCUAGAACAUAUUGGGAGGAUGUCCCUUCAAGACAGACAUCUGUGAUCCUUAAAGCGUUACUCGAAGCAACAUAACCACUACAAACCGCUUUAGAUGACUGCUCUUCACCAAUGUAUGGCUCACUGUGCAUGUAACUUUGCAUAGAAUUGAUAUUAGCUGGCCCGGAACUCUUGUUACAGGGUGGCUAGUGACGCCCCAAUUAAGUUGCCAGAGGUGAAGUUACACCUUGGGUGACAAAAGGGUUUGGUGACAUCACUCACAUCCUGAACACUGAGAAUGCAUUUACUUGAAUCCAACUGUGUGUUGUACUGACCAACAAUAUGUCAAGGUUGGGCAGUAUUCCCUAACAUCUUGUAUUAUUUAUUUAGAACUGAAAGUAUUUUUUCCCCCCCACACAGCGUGUAUAUAAUGGCUCUACCACAGCUGCUACACCACAGUAUCCAGGUAUUAUUGAAUCUCAAGAGGAAUAUCACUUUGUGGAGCGCCUGAUACCUCCUUCAAGGGUCCCUGAUCCUCCAAAACAUACACAGAGCACUCCAUCUGGCUGGGUCCCACCAAAAGGUACACCCUGUCUUUGAUUUGUCUUUUUCUCUUAUUGUGAUCGAUAGUCCUAGUUAACUAAUAUAAUUUGGUGUCACAGAGGUCGCAGAUUAAUAUCACAUGGAUAGACUGUUUUUAAAUGGAAAGGAUGUAAUUUUGUAUAAAUAUGCAAUGAAAGCACCUCCACUUUUUGUUCUGUUACAGACCCAUCCCCUCAUCUUCCUUAUGUGGUCAGACGUUCCCGAAUGCACAAUAUUCCUGUAUAUACUGAUAUAACCCAUGGUAAUCGUCAAAUGACAGUGAUUCGGAAAAUUGAAGGGGAUAUAUGGGUAUGUUUUGAUUGCUUUUUUUUCAGUCAUAUUUACUCAUUAUUAAGUGUAAACAUGGCUUGGUCCUAACUGUUUUCUUUGCAGCAUCUUCUAAUAUUUGAAAGAGUCUGUGCUUUUUGUUACAUUUAUAUAAAAACAUACAAAAAAACCUAUUGCACAUAUAACAUACUACAUGACAUGCUCUGAGCAUGUUCCCUUGAGUUUAGCUAAUUUGUGCCUGGUGGCUUCAAUAGGGUCUGUAAGCAGAAGCUUAACAAAACAGAAAACAGGGCAGCUACCUAAGGUUAAGCAGCUCUCGCCUAAUCAGUAUUUCCCAGGUUGGCACAGAAUGGCUAAUGCGUGUUAAUUCCUUGUUAUCAAUCAACCAAGGGGUGGACAGUUGCUUGACACCAACAAGAACCCCAAUUUAUAUUAUACCAUUCUUAAAGAUUUUUAUAUUAAAAUAACAGUCCAAGCACCAUAACUACAGCUCACUGUAGUGGGCAUGGUGCUAUGAUUGCCUUGGCACCCCAUUGUUUCAAUACAGUUUGAAUUUUUGCCUCGCCUCCACUGCUUUCUAAAUAUGAGUGAAUGUUCGCUCCCCUGAGCUAAGCCCUGCAAUGGAGUAAUGGGAGUUUGAGCGCAGGACUAGUUUCUUUGUAUUUGUAUUCACUUUUGUAUCGCACAUCUAGGUUGCAAUGCUGCUGCCCAUCCCAUGUGUUCCCUAUUAAGGGUUAAAAAGCAUGUGUAUAUAUAUAAAAAAAAUACCCCAUUCUGUCUCAUUAGAAAUAUUUUUGCCAGAAGCUCAACGAAAGAGGUCUGCCUUGAUGUGGUAGGUUGGCAUACCCUCUCAUAGCCAUUGGAGGUAACUAAAAACUUCCAUUUGUUUAAAAAUACAAAGGGAUGUGGAAAGAGCGCAGGUAAAUUUUUUUUCCUCAGGGCUAGCUCAUUCGCUGAGCGCGUCAGCUGAUUUCCCUCACCCAAUGAGCUAAGCCCAGCACUGCCAGGCUUAGCUGAAAUAGUUUCCAGCACUUCAUAGGAUGUGUUGGAGGCAUGGAGCAGCCAGCUGGUAAGAAGUCCCAACUAUUCUAUAAUGGCAUGCUAUAGUGGUUAUGGUGCUUGGGGUGUUUCUUUAAACUGGGGAAUGGCACAAGGUGGCUGUAAGCCAGUGGUUCCAAACCUUUUUUUUCUCUUGAGUACCCCUUGGCACCCCAUUUCUAUAAAUUGUACCCCUUACAAUAGCGAAAUAUUUGCAAUUAUUACAGUUGCUGUUAUUUCAAAUUCAUAUGCUUUUCUCUGUUCUAGGCUCCCCACAUUGCAGGUACAGAUUGACACACGUACAGAUACAAAUUCUGACACCGGUACAGACACACAGAUACAAUGAAACACUCAUAGAGAAAUGCAGAUACAUAGACACACUCAGAUACAUAGAUGCACAUACAGUUGCACAGACACACAUGCACAUACAUACAAAUACAAACACACAGGCACAAACACAGGCACACGGAUAUACAUACUGGCAUACAUGAAGAUAGUGACAUACAUAUAGUUGCAAGGACAAAUGUACAAACACUGAUAUACAUACAGCUGAACAGACACGCUGAUGAACACAAUGCCACAGAUACAGAAACACACAGUGCCCCACACAUAGACACACAGACACACAUACUGACACAUACAAAUACAGAUACACACACAAUGACACAGAUACAGACACGUAGAUACACACACUUAUAUGCAUACAGACACAAUGACACACACAGACACAAUGACACACACAGAUACCAGGGCCGACCCAAGACACUUUUCUGCCACCAAAAACACGCUCACAUUCAUUAUGUUGUAUUAUGAUAAUUAAAACCAAAAUUAAAUAUAUCAUGACUAGAUAAAUACAUUCCAGUAACAUUUAGGUAAAUGCACACUAAAUUAAAUGUGACAACAUGUAUGCUUCUGCAGUAGUAAUAAAAUAUAAGCUAAAUACAAUAUAUGUCAAUCACUAACCAUAUCUAACCAAAAAGGAGUAGGUUAAUUUGUCAUGUGGGAUGUAGUGUGUUUAUGUACUGGAGAUGUAGUGUAAAACAGCAGCAACGAGUGCAAACAAUACAAAUUGGCGUUAAACUGGAGGUGUGUCCAAACCCCUGUGAAAACAAUCACCUAAUUUCACCACGAAACUAGUAGACAAAAAGUACAUAUAAUUGGUGUUGCACUCUGUGAAAUAACACAAAAUAUCCAGUGGCUAUUUUGUGUGAGGGUUAUUUCAGAGAGUGUGACACCCAUUAUAUGUUCUUUUUGGGGAUGUAGCGUGUGUGUGCUGGGGAUGUGGGGUGUCUGUCUGACACCAACAAGAACCCCAAUUUAUAUUAUACCAUUGUGUGUUUGAAUGCAGUAGUCUAUUUGUGUGUAGUGUUGGCAUUUUAAUGUUCCGAUGUAUGCACAUAUACACACACACACACACACACAGGUACACAGAUAUACACGCUGACACAAACAGAUACACAUACUGACAACAUACAAAUACACACACACAUACAUAGACUGACCCACUGAGACAUAUUUACACUUUUAAACCUACCCUCCAGUUUUCUACCUUGGGGGCUGGUUUCCUGGUGUCCAAACUUGAGGACACCAGGGAAAUCCUUACGUCCUCUCCCCCACCCUUCCCAUAUCUCCUUCCAUCGUACUUUUUUUCCCCCCCUUCAAUAUGUCUAAUUUCCUCUCCUUUUUAUAUACACAUUAUUGCUAGUAUUACACACAUGUACUUCAGUCAUUCCAUUUCCCACUAUUCCCUUCUCUCUCCCUCUUUUCUUAAUCAUUCUCCUGUAAUUUGUUUCCUAAAAAUGUACAAACCUAUUCAAAUGCUUGGGGUCUACCUCUCCAGGCCCAGCCACCCUCCUCCCUGCCUCCUCAGUUUCUCCCGCAGUUUUCUCUCCUAAGUGGGAGGAAGUGAGUCACUUCCUCCUAGCGCUGCUAAAAAGCAAGGUGGCCUGGUCGCACGGUUAAAGGGCCCCGCUUACAAAUGCCCACCGGAUAACCCUCCCUAGUGUGCAGGCUGCUGGUUCCUUCGUCAGGCCAAUGGGGAAAAAAACAGAAGGGCAGCUGCCUCAUUUGCCCUGCCUUAAAGACAGCCCUGCAAACACAGACACACUGAUACAGACACUACAUACAUACUAACACUCAAAAUACACAUACCUUUUAGGUGGCUUCUGUGGCUGAGGCUGUUGCGAGUUGAGAUCCCGGUCCGGUCCUCUCCGCCCCCUCCUGCGCAGCUUGGUUACAGCUGUGCGUCUUGCACUCACAUCCUCCCAGCUCUCCGGUCAAGUUAGAAGGGGUCUGGUCGUGCUAUUAAAGCGCUGCAGCGCUCGACCGGGCCCCUCUUGGCACAUGUCCAAUGGGUGGCCAUGUGUGCAUGGGCCACUUGAUGGACAUGCUCCCCUUGCCAAGCCCAUGCGGGGCGGUUACACAGCCAUUACCUUUUUUUUUUUUUUACGCAUACCCUCUGGGGGUACGCAUACCAUGGGUUGGGAACUGCUGCUGUAAGCAAUAUAACUACUACAGCUAGAUGGCUAGCUGUUAGAUAGGUUUCCUAUAGUACCCCUUUAUGAAAACAUUAUGAAAACAUAAGCAAAAGCAAGACCAUUUCAAAGAGGGCUUUUCAACCCGUAACAGCCACUUUAUUAUAAAUAGCUUGGUUUCAUUCAAAAAUGUCUUUAAUAAUAUUUCAAAUAAUAAACUAUGGGAAUCCAUUUGUGACCAGUUAACAUUUUUUUUUUUUUUUUUCUUAACACACUACAGAGUCUGGACUCAGAAGUACGAGAAUUCUUAACUCAUCUGACAGGAAAGACACCACCAACUCAAGUAAACGAGAUCACCCGCUCUAUUAGGGUCAAAGGUUACUAUGACAAGGAACUGCGUACUUGGCUUGCAGACAAAGGCUUUUGACCUCUUUUUGGCCACUAGGCUCUUGUUUUAAGUGUGUAGUAAAAGUUGAUAUUGCCCUCAAAUCUCAACACUUGAUAAAAAAAAAUAAGGCUAUAAAAAAACAAAAAAAACUAUUUAUUAGAGUUAAACUUCAGCGAUGAAUUAUAAUUUUUAUAUUUCAGCCAUCCAGACAGUUGUUUGGAUUCCAUAAUUUGGGUUGAGAGCAAAGCACCAGUGUGGUUCAUGUCCAAAUAGGUAAUAACGUUCCUGCAACCAGUCAUCACAAAGAUAGUCAAGGGUUAUUUACUUCUGAAAUUAACUAAAUCCAAAUGGAAAUAUUGAGGCAAAUAUAGAUCAGCUAUUUUUGACCCUUUUUGUUUCAUUCAAAUGUAAUUUAUAAAAAUGUUUAGAGUUUAGAGUUUAGUGAAUAACCUUGAAUGGUGGGGAACGUUAAUGUGCACCCCUGUUGUAUCAUAAGUAAAUAAAUGACAUUUUCAUAUACACUGACUUUUUUAAUCUUGUAUUUACACAGAAAAAAAUAAAUAAAUACAUUUAAAAUAAAGGACACCCACAAACAAUUUAAGCUAAUAUUUGUAAUACAGAGGCAAAAGUGGUUCUGAAAGGUACCAGCUAAAAUGUGUGUAACAUCGACCUCCUGGCCAUACUCUACUCCGCCACGGCUACUCCUGGUCUCUUUGCUUUUCCCUGCUUCGGACACACCCCAAGCAGGGCAAAUCUCAUCAGUUUUUUGGUCAGCACAUUGGCUUCGUUGCCAGUUUGGGGACAGGGUGACGUUCCUAUACUCCCUAGCCAGUGCUAGAAGCGCCAAGUAUGGAGUUUCCAUAGCAACCAUAGCACAUGCUCUGGUUUCUGAGGGAGGUCUUUUUUGCUCUCGCUUGUCAUUCAAUGCCUCGGUACUGACUUACAACUGUGAGGAAAAACCUACUUUUUAAAAUAGGCUUUUCUCUUAAUCUAAACAUUUGCUAGCACAAUGUAUAGAUAAAAUCUUAUGCUCAAUAUCAUGCGCAUAUUUUUGGGGGCAUGACCAGUGCCUUUUUAAUACUAAAUUAAUCACAUUCUGUAUUUAAAAAAAAUAAACAAAAAACAGCUGUGUUCACAAACAACAUACUGUAGUUGUUGAACAAAUUUAUAUAACUUAAUAAAUACUAAACUGUACGAUAGGGGUAUAUUGGCUGAUAAAUGUUGCUCAAAAGAUUUUGGACAAAAUCAACAAAAGGGGAGUCCUACGAGCUGUUUCCAAGUUGUGGGUGGGUGACUCCACUGUCAAACCUAUGCUUCUCCAUUUAAAUUCCCUAUUUACAUCAAACCUCCUGCUAUCAUCCUCGUUUCCAUACGUUUAUUUCAACCUUCAAUGUGCCCCAGCCUAACCAAAGGCCCAGACUUUCUGUUCAUUAACUGCAUUUCCUGAGCUGUUGACAAAAAGAAAAACCCAACAAAUUUGAAGAAUGGAAUCACGAUAUUUCUAUAAAGUAAAAUUUGCAAAGUGGUAAAAAAAAAUAAAAAUGUACAUAUAAAUAUUGAGAAAUCGUAUCAAAUCUGCCUCCUUAGAUAAAUCAAGCAUGCAAGAUCAGAAGAAUCUUCACUUCACCAUGAUUGGUUAACGAGGACCCGAAUCACUUUAACUUAUUGGAUCUAAGGAUGGUACCAGGCAAACAAUUGCCAUUUUAGGGGUUCCAAGGUUUACCACAAUUUUUGUCUCUGUGCUUUGACACGUUUGAGGACAGGCUGUAAAGCGUACUGGAGUCUAAUCUUCUACAACAAACGGAACAUCUGUUUAGUAAAACUCUCUCUUUUGCUUGGUUUGGUAGAGACUAGUCCACCAGUAAGUAAUGAACCACAGUACUGCAUAGCUCCUUGGCACUCUCUCUUUAACAAGUAUAAAGGCUAAAAUCUGAGCCGUAGAACUGUCCACUAAUCUGCAGAGUUCUGUCUCUAUAUUCGCCCUUUUCUGGAUUCAGAUGUUUGAAAAAUAACCACUCCUGUUGGUACGAGUUGAUGUCACUGGGGAAAGAAAUAUCUGUGUGGAUUCCAGGACAUAGGAUUGUAUUGUCUGUAGUUCUAAGAGAAAAAGAGAUUGCUUCAUGAAUCUAACGGACAAGUCUAUGUAAGUAAAACUAAAUAACAAACUUGAGCUCUGUGCUUACCUGGUACCAAAGGUUACAGCCAUCCAUGCUAGUUGAUUGUGUUGAUGCACCAUACACUGGUCCAGGGGGUGGCAUUACUGGCCCAGGGGGUGGCAUCACUGGUCCAGGUGGGAGGAUAAGAGGAUAGGGGGGUGUUGGUACUAUAGGAGAAUGAGUUGAAUAUUGUGGUGCAAUGGUAAGCCUAUCAUUUUGGGUCUUUUCAUUUUCUAUAUGCCCACUGCUCCUGAAAAGAGAAAGAUACAGUGUAUCCUGGGUCACAUAUUCUCCUUUCAAAACACCAAAUUACUGUUCCCCCACAUUAUUUAAUAUACAUACCCCCAAAGAAAACAUGCACAUAUAUAUAUUUUUCUGCGUAUUUUCUUUGGGGUUACAUGAAAAACAGUUUAAAGAAGCUGCAGCUAUUGCAAGUCCACCCUUCGUUCCCCAAAACAGACUUAAAUUUGUGCUAGGAACACUGCCAAAGUGAUAAACGUCUGUGCUGGAGACACCUGCCACUAGUAUUAGCUAUUUGGAACAAGGGAGGUUAAUCAGUUCUAAAAAUGCUGAUUUCCUAGCAGGAGUUUCUAGCUCCCAAUUAAAGAACUGACUGGCAGACUCCCAAGUAAAUCAAGUCAAAUCAUUAGGAAACACUCACUCAUUCUCUGCUUUAGUUGUCUGCUCUACUAGCAGCUUCUGGUGUUCAUCGUAGGCAUUCAAUAGACUGUAAAGACAAAAAUAUCCUAUAGAGUGAAACACAGUAAUAACAUGCUUUAACUUUCUGUCUACGCCUUGACUCUCAGCAUUGCACCAUCUGAAAACAACCAUUCUGUAGGGUCAUGAUCAACACACAAAUACUGCUUUAUUAAGAUAAGGUUGUCAUGAGAAUUAGAGUAAUACGCUAACACAUGUCAGGUGAUACCCCCACUGUAACACAUUUACAAUUUGUAUUUACGUACAUGUAAGCAACAAAAACAAUUAGUACUCGUUAAUACAAUCCACCUUCUCUUCAAGUUACUAUAUGAUAAAGGUAGAUAUCAAUUACUCUUCUUGAAGUUAGAAGUAUUUUGAUUCAUACGUAAUGAGGAAUGUCCACCCAUGGAGGGGUAUAGAUCAUAAACAUCAAUCAAUAACAAUGCUUAAGGGACCUCAUUGCAUUUUAUAGCAAUAUUGAAUGGGUAUAAACUUUUUCUUUAACAAUUGGCCAUUUGGGUAAACUUUUCACACAUACACUCUAACUGAGCCUUAGUCCUCGUUCCAUUUAAGACCAUCCCUCCAUAUGCAUAUAAAAGAAUGUUUGGGGACAGAAGCAAAAGUGUUUUGCGGCUGAAAUCUUUAAAAAUAAAAAAAAUCUCGGUAAAAUAUUCUUGUCAGUAGCCUUCACACAGAGAGCACUUGCUAACUGGUUCUACUUUAAAUCUUCUCCAUGUCAUAAUGAAUUGUGAAAAACUCAAACUGAUUGGGCAUAGACUACACAACAUUAUGCUCAUGGACACUGCUGGAUACAGAGCACCCACUAGGUCUCCAUAUUAUAUGCAGACCUGUCAUUCGGCAAUGAAGGAAGAUUUUUGUACAAGAAUCAAGAAAAUUUCUAAUAAAUGUUCAGUGGAUAGAAUUGAAUAUAUGGACAUGCCUUACAUUACUUAAGUCAAAUCAACCCUUUAUUUACACUAUGGUGGUGACUCCUGCUCGUUAUAUGCCAAGAGUACAUUUCCCCAAAUUUAUAAUCAUUGGAAUCCUGGUCAAAUUUACCUUCUUUAUGAGCUUUGUAUGCCGAUUGGUAUUCAGCCAAUCGUAGCUCUGUCUCUUCCUGGAGGUUAGAGUAUUUGUCUGCAAUAUCUGUUCCAUUAAGGGAAAAUCUUAAGAGGUUUUUUGUAUUUGCAGAAAAGUAAAAUAAUAUCCACUAACAUUUAUUACAAAAUGUUUUCUUCCUCAUUGCUGAAUAGAACUGGUCUCCACCUAAAAACAGAGACCACGUAAGUGAUCCCUUCUAACGCAUGCACAACAUCCACAAACAAUAACCUCCUUAUUCAGCCAGUGCAAGAAGGAUGGGGUUCGGAGUCACCCCCAAAUUGCAAAAUUUAAAAAAAUCCAGUAACAUGCUAUUCCAUUACGAGGAUUGUAGUUCAUUAGUACCACACCAAAGGAACAAACACUUACAAUUUGGUCACAAAGACAUUUAUCAGAUCCCAACACCUAUAACCAAUAACCAUAGAAGUAUCCAACAGAUAAUAUCAAACAAUCACAUAUGCUCACAACCUUCUUCCAUUUUUGUGUGGGUUACAUGCUUGGUAAAAACAAAUAGCAAAGAAAGUGUUACAAUAUGUAGAAACAUGAACUAGAUAUUCCAUGUAUUUUACAUUUUUAAAAGUUCCUUAAAGUAUAACGGUUAUAUCGGAGUUUCUUCUAUUUUUAAUUUAUAUUGUAUGCCUGGGUAUCCAAUCAUGGCUGCAGGAUAUAAUGUAAACCCUACAGUGCUGUGUAGGCACGUGGCAUGCUACAAAAUCUCUACACUCCUGAAUAAACACCCAUAUGAUUUUUUUUUUUAAAGUAGAUGUCCAAGGGAUCCUGGAGCAUCAUGGGAGGAUGAUGCUGAUGAUGCUAUGGGCACAGGAAUAGUGUCACUUAUGCAACAUUCAUAGGCUGUUGUAGAGAUUGAAUAGAAAAAAUGGAGAAGGAUCAGCGCUAAUAAAAUUAGAAGUGUAGUAGGCCGCAGCCCAAGUGAAGGUAACCCUCUGAAGAGUAAAGGUGUGACACAAAAGAUUACAGAAAAAGGGCUGCACCAAGUGGAUCAACAGUAAAAAUAAUACAAGACUUAUAUCAGCAGGUAAGACAAUACAGUAUAUUAAGUCUCUCUGAAACAGUGGGACUAGGCUUCUGGUGAAAUCACAGAAAAGAAAAAUCCAAAAUAUUAGUCUCACUCAGCGAUAAAUGUCUUGGGUCAACCACUGACUUCACAAAACACAGCACUCCCAGCACACAGGCUAGAUUGGCAGAGUGGACACCAUCUCUCUGGAACACUCCCAUCACAUCCUUUAAAGCGGGGAUCAUACCGCUGUACGCUCUUAACACUAGAGCUGGCUAUAGCUCAUUUAAAUGUGAGUUGACAGUACAUAUUUGUUUAUUUUAUCCAUAUUGGCUUGUACGUACUGCACUGUUGGUCUUCCUCGCUUUUGUUUUACAUACAAGCAGAACGGUUGAACCACUAACAGCACUGAGGACACUACACCCAAAACAACCACCUUAUAAGACAUUUAUAAGUGAGACUUUAAUAUUUUGGAAUUUUCUUUUGUGAUUUCACCAGAAUCCUAGUCCCACUGUUUCAGUGAGACUUCAUA